AUGCGACUGAGCGACUUUCACUUUAUGACAGAAGGUCCCAGUAAGGAAUGCAGAGCUAAUAAGCCACCACGAAGCAGAAGAGUUUGGGAAAGUUCGGAUGGAGACACUACAUGUCCGACAACUCUCCUGGAUCGUUCUUGCUGGUAUCCACUUUGGCUGAUCAAUGUGUGCACCCCCAGGAAGGACCCUGAGUUAGAGCGAUUGCCCAGAGAAAGCCCGGAGGCUAACCCCAUCACCAUAAAACCCAAGACUGUGAGCCACGUGGCAAAGCAGUCCUCCUGGGUGCCCUUACUUGGUUGCUUUCCCCGCCGGGCGCCCCUUUAA